GAGAGGGCGGGACUUUAGAGUGCAGCGCGGCGGUUAAGGAAGUCAGUCAUGAAAUCGCUUCUCAUGCUUAUGUGUAUUUUUAUAAUAUUAGAUUUAUAGUUUAUUUUUAUAUAACUGCACGUUUGUCGCUAAUGCGAAAUAAACAUCUGCAGCUCGGACAGCUGAAGCUGGAGUCGCAUGGUCACGCUGGGUCAUGAUUGUGCAUGCUCUUUGAGAUGACAAGUUGCUACGACAACAGCAGCAGCAUCACUGAGCUGCUGACUGCACUCUGUGACUGCAGCCUGUCUGGGUUGUCAUGGAAACGGCGUGCUUUCGGAGUGGUGUCGCGGGAGGGGGCGCGUCGAACUUUGCGCAAGCGUGCGUACGGUGCGCUGCUGGCCGGACUCUUCCAGGAUGGGGCGUCCAAACAAUCACCAAACCCCCUGGCGAACACGCCAGCCCACAACAAAAUACUGAUGAUCUCAUUUGACAUGCGCGUGUCUGGCCGCGAUGAGGACGCGGAGCGGUUGGAGGAGCUACUGGGUCAGCUGCGAGACGGUGUGGGUUCUUCGGGACUGUCGGAGCUACACUCAGUCCUUGAACUACUAGUUCAGCUGGCCGGAUCUGUGGCUCCACCCCCUUUGUCUUUCAGUAACGACUACAUGCGGAGAGACCGUCCCGUGCAACGAAAAACCCCACUGGGUGGGUAUCUAAGUCAAGACAUGCAGAGGUUGGAAGAGAGGGCUUGGUCUCUAAUCUGUAGGGAGGAGUGGGGUGUGUUUGGGGGAGUAUGUAGGACCCUGAAUAUCAUGGAUGCCCCGCCGGGUACCGGGCUGCUGGGACUGGGGCGCAGAGUGGAGACAGAGGAGAGGUUCGAGAAGGAGACCAGACUGUCACUGUUUGGUGCCCUCCAGCACUCCAGAACAGCAGAUAUGGAUAUUCGGCUAGACCUACCACCCAUCCCCACUAAUGCGGACCUUACCGGACUCAGUAUACGGGUUCCUCUCAGUCUGGAUCAAUCUGAAGAUGAGGGCUUCCAGUCCGCCACUAAUCUGACUCCAGAUUCCCAGUCUGAGCCCAGUUCCAGCCCAGAGAUCGACGUGUGGGAGGCACUCAAGACGUUUGUGCCAGGUAGACGACGCUGUUGGGAGAACAUCGGCUGCCCGCCGGGUCAGAAAGAACCUCCAUACCUGACGGAGACCGGCAGAGAGGCGUUUGAUCAGCUGUACAGGCUGUGGGAGGGAGAAAUGAGGAAUGUUUUGGCCACACAGACCCCAUCGCCCCUUUUGCCACUGCCAUUGGACUGUCAGAGUCAGCUGGUCAAAGAUGUGCUCAAUGUGUUGAUCGGUGUGGCCUCUGCCACAUUCCCCCUCAAUGAGACAUGCGUGCAGUUUGACGUUCGUCCUGAUAUAUGUGUUUCCGGGACGUCGCCUGAGAGCGUGUCUCGUCUGCUGGGUGAGCUGGCGCAGUACGGCACGCAUUAUCUGCGUCUGAGUCGCUUCUCGCAUAGCGGCGGCAGCCAAAAAGGGCUUGUAUUCCAGGCCUUUACAGGUGGGCUGCGGCGUUAUCUGCAUUACUACAGAGCGUGCGUGUUGAGCACGCCAGCCUCUCUGAGUCUCCUAACCAUCGGCUGUCACUUCCGCAAACUGGGACGUCAGCUCAGGUAUCUGUCAGAACUGUGUUGUGUGGAUGGAAUCGCCGGUGCGGGACGGACAACUUUCCCCGUGGGUGUGAAGCUGCUCUCGUGUCUUUAUAAUGAAGCUCAGAGUAACUGCAGUAAUGAGAAUCAUCCCGUCUUGCUGUCUCUUUUGAAGAGCACCUGUGAGCCGUACACAAGGUUUGUUUCAGAUUGGGUGUACGGAGGCGUUUUCCGUGAUGUCUAUAAAGAGUUUAUGAUCGAGGUCAAUGAAGAUUAUCUGACCUACAGAGAUAAGAAUUUUUGGACGCAGGGCUACACUCUGAUUUCACGAGAUGCAGAGGACUGCGUGCCCGUCUUUCUCAAACACAUCGCCAACGACGUUUAUGUCUGUGGAAAAACCAUCAACCUGCUAAAGAUCUGCUGCCCACAGCACUACAUCUUCUGGUCAGACGUGCCGGUGCCCAGGAUAGCGGUGACGUUCUCGCUAGAGGAAGUAGAGGAGAUUGAGAAAGACUGCGCUGUGUAUCGUGGUCGAAUGGAAACUAUUGCCAGACACAGCGCCAUCAGCAGGGAGGAGCAGGCGAUGCGCACAGAGCAGGCACGACAGGAGCUCAUUAACCAGGUCAGACAGACGGCAGCCAAGACCCUGGAGAGGAUUAGAGGCCACCAGGUGUCGCAGCGUCUGGCGGAGGAGGCCCAGAAGAGAGAGCGAUUCGAGGAGCUGAAACAGCAGCUGGAGUUAGACCAGGAGUGGCGCGGUGCUGUGAAGCGGAAAGAGCUGGAAGACGAUUUUAGCUACGCUCGAGAGCUCAGAGAUCGAGAACAGAGACUGCAGGCCCUCGAGGAGCAGCUGGAGCGCCGGGCACGGAUGGACCUGAUCGCUCAAUACAGUCAGUUAUCUGAAGCCGCCGCUCGACGUGAGCUCAGAGCCAUGUGGAAAGUUCAAAGGAUAAAACUCGACGAGCUCCGGGUGAAAUUUCUACAGCAGGACCAACUGAACAUUCAGGCUAUGUUGGAGAGGUAUCCUUUAGGUCAGGAAGUUCCUGCUCUAGAGACUACCCACAAGCAACAGGCUUCACAAGAAAACAAUCAGCUAUCUGAGCAACAGUCUCAAACAAAGCAAACUGAAGAUGCUGCAGUCCCAGAAUCCUCUGCUACUCACUCCCUUCCUACCAUAGGCAGUGUAAAUGCUUUGAUGAAAGAGCAAACUGUCAUCUCUGACUUCCUUCCCAAGCCAGACAAUAGUGCCAUGACCCAGGCCCUCCACAACGUAGGUUCAGACCCACAAAAGUUAGCCACGACUUUUGAAUCCAAUCCACAAAAUUCAGACCACGUCCACUCCCCUCAGAACCAACUACCAGUGACACAGCAGUCACAUCCAUCAGACUCUCACAUAAGUGUUGGGGAAAACAUCUCGGAGGUACUGGAGUCUUUCCCCAUCCCCAGUCUUUAUGGACAAGCAUCCAAUUCCAGCUUUCCAUUGGGGCAGUUCACUCCACAUGUGCCAGUGGAUCAGCCGAAGGCUAAUAUUCAUGGACACCCUUCAAAGAGCUCUGUACAACUGGGUGACUACCCAGCCUCAGGGCAGAACAACAGUACAAUAUGGCUGGACUCUAAGACCCAAACCACUGAAGUGAGAGCUUGUGAAGCAGAGAGUAAUAGGCAGAACACAGAGGAGCAGCCAACUGGAAAUGAGGCAAGAACAGAGCUCAUAGCAGCCAGUAGAGGUUCAGAGCCAAAGCAAGUUGCCCAGGAGCCAACAGAAGAAGCCAAGUCCUGUGAGAGUGUCAGCCAGCCCUCUCACUCUUCCCAGCCAGAAGAGCAAUCUGUGUCCCCUCUCAUCAGCUUCCAUGACUUAGAAUUUGAUGCACAUGUGAAAAAUUACAGUGGUGAUCCUGAUCCAGCGAUUAUCUCAUCUCUAACCUCUCUUGAUGUCCAUAGACACACCUCUGAUGCCCAUAUAAGGGUAUGCGAACAGGUUUCUGAGAUAAUCACUCCACUUCCCAUGCCUAACAUACAUGGGGACACCUCUAACACCCAUUUAAGAGUAAAUGAAGGCAUUUCUGAGCCAUCCUCACUCCUUCCUACCCCUAAUAUCCAUGGCCAUGCCUCUGAUGCCCAUAUAAGAGUAGGUGAACACGUUUCUGAGGUAACUUCUACUGUCCCCAUCCCUAACAUCCAUGGCCAUGCCUCUGAUGCCCAUAUAAGGGUGGGUGAAAAUGUUUCUGAGGUUACUACUAGUGUCCCCAUCCCUAACAUCCAUGGCCACGCCUCUGAUGCCCAUAUAAGGGUGGGUGAACAUGUUUCUGAGGUAACUACUACCGUCCCCACCCCUAACAUCCAUGGCCAUGCCUCUGAUGCCCAUAUAAGGGUGGGUGAGCACAUUUCUGAGGUAACUACUACCGUCCCCACCCCUAACAUCCAUGGCCAUGCCUCUGACGCCCAUAUAAGGGUGGGUGAACACAUUUCUGAGGUAACUGCUACCAUCCCCACCCCUAACAUCCAUGGCCAUGCCUCUGACGCCCAUAUAAGGGUGGGUGAACACAUUUCUGAAGUAACUACUACCAUCUACACCCCUAGCAUCCAUGGCCACUCCUCUGACGCCCAUAUUAAGGUGGGUGAGUUUGUGUCAGAUGUUACUACCUCUCGCCCACGUUGGAGCAAAUACGGGCACUCCUCCGACAGCACCCUUAAAGUGGGUUGUAUGAUGCCAAACGCCGCCCCUUCAGCCAUUUAUCUUCCUGGCAGUGCUUAUGGACACUCGUCAGACUCCGCGUUGACUGUCGGCUGUGUUGUGUCAGGAGUUGAACCUCAACCCUCCUCACUACCCGGCAGUGCAUAUGGACAUUCCUCACAAUCAGCCCUGGGUACUGGUUGUGUGGUCAGUGGGUUUGAGAGCACUCGACCCAGCUCUCUUCUCAGUAGUGUCCAUGGACAUUCUUCAGAUUCUGCUCUGGGCAUGGGCUGUGUGGUGGGCGGUGUGGUGCCAGGGAGUUGGUUUGCUGACAAAACAUUGGAUCAGGCAUCAAAUGACACAGAGAAACCAGCCUACACAGACACCCAAGCGCCCCCUAAUACGUUGUUCUCCCUGGACGAGGGGCUCGCCGCCUGGGCUCUUGGACUCGGCCUGUCCCCUAAAAAAAGCCCAGAGGACAGAUACCUCCUCAGCCUGGCCUCACAGUACCAAGCUGAACAGUACCAAGACUCAUACGGCCUGAUGACUUCAGAUCCAGAAUCUGAGCUCCUGCAACAGGUGACACGGGGUCCGAACGGACUGCCCGUUGACCUCUCACUUCACCGGGCCACAGACGCCACUGCUGUUCAGCUCAGUGAGAUGAUGCCACUUCCAGUUCUCAUGAAACACUCGGUCACCACGCCACUCAUAACCCAUGUGUCUAUGGUAAACAAGGCUGUGGUGGAUUAUUUUUUUGUGGAGUUGGGCGUGGAGAAGCACUUUGAGACUCUGAGACAUUUCCUGUUAAUGGAGGAUGGAGAGUUUGCGCUCUCUCUUAGCGAUCAACUCUUUGAGAAGUUGGGUAGCGGUCAGACGCCUGGUGAACUCUUGACUCCGCUAGUGUUAAACUCUAUUCUGAAUAAAGCGUUACAGUACAGCGUUCACGGUGACAGUGAGCUGGCCUCUCAUUUCACUUUUGCCCUGAGAUAUCUACCGGAGAUCUUUCACCCUCACGCUCCUGACUCGUUGAACUGUCUCGAACUGCGCUACAAGGUGGACUGGCCGGUGAAUAUCGUCAUAACAGACAGCUGUCUGAAUAAAUACAACAGACUGUUUUCCUUCCUACUGCAGCUCAAACACAUGGUUUGGUCGCUCAGGGACGUCUGGUUCCACCUGAAGAGGACGGCUCUGGUGAAGGGUGCGGGUCGAUCCGUUCAGUUCCACCAGCUCCAGCUCUACAGACACGAGAUGCAGCACUUUGUGAAGGUCAUCCAGGGUUACAUCGCUAAUCAGAUCCUUCAGGUGUCCUGGAGUGAGUUUACACAAAAACUGAGCAGCGCCAGCGAUCUGGACGCAAUUCACCGUACUCAUGCAGAAUACCUCAACAGAGCCAUCUUCAGGGGUUUGUUGACGGAGAAAGCAGCUCCAGUGAUGAACAUCAUUCACAGCAUCUUCAGUCUCAUCCUGAAGUUUCGUGGUCAGCUCAUCGCACAGCCCUGGGAGCUCCAGCAGGGGGAGCCGGUGCACCCCAGUUUCAUUGCCAUGCAGCAGUCCUACAACACCUUCAAGUACUACUCAAGCUUCCUGUUCAAAGUGGUAACCAAACUGGUGGACAAAGGCUAUCAACCACAUUUGGAGGACUUCCUAUUGCGGAUCAAUCUCAAUAACUAUUACAAAGACUCUUGAUACUCCAUUUCGUGUACAUUUGAUGUUUCCUGCCCCUGCUGUGUUCAGUUUUAACAUCAAGCGUCUGGACAGAAACCCUUGCUGACGCAAUCUUUCACAAAAGAUGACUGUAGACAUUUUUUUUUGGAAAAAGUCAAUAAGCAGAAUCAAUUUUUCUCAGUAUUGAUCGAAACAUUUCUGACGUGUGCCUGUAUUGAUGCUCUCAUCCACUGACGCUAUAUAUGUGUAAAAUAAAAUAUUUAAUUUACAUUGAGCCUGAUGUGAUGUGAGAUUUUGGACUCUAAAAGGGAAUUAAAAAUGCUCACAAAGCUUUAUUAAAGUUUUACAUUCUGAAAAGUUA